UUAAUAUCAGUACUUUUAAAUUUAUUAUCACAAAAACUAACCUACCACUACAGCACUACUCAACUUGGUUGGUGUACUGGAACAUCGGGUGUCGAUCCAAAUUUCCAUUAUUCCCAAUUUAUUUUAACACAUUUAUCAGUACUUUUAAGAUUAUGAGGAUAAGGGAAUUUUAAAUUAUUUCUUUUAAAAUCGCCGAGUGAGAUAUUUUGUGUUUCAUAGUUUACAGCACCUUCUAUUGCAAUAUCUCUUAUCAAUUAUCAGCAGAUAAAUAUUGAUGUGUUGUUAUUUUGUAUUCUGUUGCCUUGUCUCAGUUUGUUUAUAUGAGUAUUGUAUUUUGUAUUAUUUAACAUUUUAAAUUCAAAAUAUUUUAAAUUCUGCUUAAUUAAAUGUAUUCUUAUCGUGUUUUUUAGCACUUCUAAGAUGUAUUUAAUGUAUGAUAAUUCAUUUACUGUUUUAUUUUUAUUUUAUAAGCAGGUUAAAACUUUUUUAAAUUUUUUUAUUUGCCACACGUUGCAAUUUUAAAAUGAAUAAAUUCAAAAUUUCUGUCCAAUCUAAACAUUAUAUGACCAUGCCGUUUCGUUUAAAAAAUUUUUUAAGUUCUUGCCUUUUAGUACUGCCUUAUUUUAUGUUUUCAAUUGGAAUUACAUUUUACCAAAGAUCAUUUUUACAAAUGUUCCAUUUUCCUUUGCUUGUUGUUUCAUGUCACUUGGUUUUAAAAUUUCUUGCUUCAAUUUUUUUCCGGUGCUUAUAUCAUAUAAUUAUGAAAAUUCCUUCUGCGCAAUUAUCUUGGGACAGUAAAGUUUCAAAAUUUGCACCUAUUGGAAUUUCAAGUGGUAUUGAUGUUGGAUUUUCAAAUUGGGGACUAGAACUUGUUAAUGUUUCAUUGUACACUAUGACCAAGUCAACAGCUAUUAUUUUUGUGUUAAUUAAUGCCUUAAUYUUACGUCUAGAGAAAGCAUCAGUGGUACUUUUCCUUAUUGUAUUUUCAAUUUCUGGAGGACUAUUUUUGUUCACAUUCAAAACMACAGAUUUCAGUAUAUUAGGAUUUGUUUUAUUACUAACCGCAUCAUUUGCCAGUGGUUUUCGUUGGACACUAUCACAAUUUGUUAUGCAGAAAGCCGACAUGGGCAUGAAAAGUCCUGUUGAUAUGAUGUAUUUUAGUCAACCCUGGAUGUUUAUUGCGAUAUUCCCAAUUUCAUUGUUUUUAGAAGGUAAAAUAUCUUUCACUUAUAAUUUUAGAUUAUGAACAGAAUGAUGARUUUAUUGAUUCUACAAAUACAUUUAUUUUGAUAGGRAAGUGAAUCUAGUUAUUUCUUUAUGAAGGUCAAAAGGAAAAAUUCUUUUGUAGUUUUCAAAAGUGUUGGGAAAAAUGGUUUUUUACGCACAAUUAGUAUUGAAAAAAUUGGUUAUGUUUUCUUU